AUGGGGAAAACUAAGAAAAAAAAUGAGAAGAAGGCGGACAAGUUGACAGUUGAUACCCCUGAGGAUUCCAGCUCGAAGAUCUCAUCUGUAUCUGUUACCCCAACUGAAGAACUUCCUACAUUCCUUGAACUUGUUUCUGAAGACAUAACUGCAAAGACAGAGGAGUCUCCAACCAAUGUUCCUACCAUUGUCCCUUCUCCAGAGCUGUAUGAGAAACCUGCUCUAACUCAGAUUAUCAUAGAAAAAUAUGAAGGAGAGUUGGUGCAUGGGCUGUAUGAAGGAGAAGGAGUUGCUUAUUACAAAGAUGGAAAUGUUUACAGAGGCACAUUUUCUGAGGGGCUCAUGCACGGCAAAGGAACAUAUACAUGGGCAGACGGAGUAACAUAUGAGGGUCAGUUUUCUAUGAACUUCCUAAUAGGACAUGGCAUAUACAAGUGGCCUAAUGGCAGCCAUUAUGAAGGACAGGUGUACAACGGCAUCAGACAUGGGGUCGGGAUUUACAUAUCUAGUCACCAGGAGAUUUCAUAUGUGGGUGAAUGGUACGAGGGCAAACGCCACGGCAAGGGUUUGAUGUAUUAUGAUUCAGAGGAAACAUCAUGGUAUGAAGGGGAAUGGAUUCACAAUGACAAGGAGGGCUGGGGAGUACAGCAUUUUAAGUCAGGAAAUAUCUAUGAAGGCCAGUGGAAGAAUAACAAGUUUCAUGGACUGGGGAAGAUGAGUUGGAUAAACUCCAAUGAAGAAUACAUGGGCCAGUGGGAGAAUGGCAUACAGAAUGGUCAUGGGACCCACACUUGGUUCUUAAAGAGAGUGCCUGGGUCACAGUACUCCUUGAGAAAUGAAUAUGCCGGGAGUUUUGUCAAUGGGCAGCGUCAUGGACCUGGCCAGUAUCUGUAUGCCAAUGGCGCACUGUAUAAUGGGGAAUGGAAACACAACAAAAAGCAUGGAAUGGGCAAGUUUGUUUUUAAGAAUGGGAGGAUCUAUGUUGGUGAUUUUACAAAUGAUCAAAUAUCCGAAUAUCCAAAUUUCAAGUAUGAUAGAGUGAACACCCCUGAUCUAAGUGGAAUUCGUACCCAGAGUACUUUGAACACCUCCCCAACUAACACAGGGAUACCAAGUUUAGCAGGGUCCUACAUGGAACUUGAUAUAACAUCAUUAUUGAAUACAUUUCCAGAGAAUCAGCGAUCAGAGGAGUUGAAGCAGGUAGAAUAUGGUAUCCUUCGGAACCUUACGAUGCUGAAGAAGACAUACAAGUUUUACAGCAGUCUGGGGAAUGAGAAAUGCUUUGAUAAUGCUUUCCUAAUGACCAAACUACAAUUUUGGAGGUUUUUAAAAGACUGCAAGUUCCACCAUUACAACCUUACACUUUCUGUAAUGGAUCGCAUACUCUAUGCAGAAAACGGUGAUCCGGAAGAGGUGCACUCGCCCUAUGCUACAAUACUGCUCCGUACAUUCCUGACCAAUAUUGUAUGUCUGGCCUAUCACAUCACUCAUGAAGAGAAUCCAGAGAAAAGGUUUUCCCUUGUGGACUGCUUUUCCAAAAUGAUGGAACAAAAUAUGUCCCCUAACUCAUGUAAUGUGAAAGGGUUUAUAUUCCGUGAAGCCCAGAAGACUGAGUAUGCAAUGUCUUACAUUGACAAGUGUUGGGACAUCUACAAAAGUUGCUGCCAGAGAAAUAAAUCCCCACCUUACGAACCGACUAUGACCAUGAGGCAUUUCAUCUGGAUGAUGAAUGACCUAAAGAUCAUUAACAAAGAUCUUACUGUUACAAAGAUUGUGGAAAUCUUAGCUGAGGACGACCCCCGUGUGCACGAUGGUGAUGAAAUGAAUCUAGAGCUAGAGCUUACAUUCCUGGAAUUCUUUGAAGCGCUGUUUGGCUGUGCUGUCACCUACAUCACAGAUGAGCUAUUGAGUCCGUCACUCAGUGAACUAUCUCAAGGAGAAGAAAGUCAGAUAUCUGUUACAGAUGAGAUCCCAGGAGAUAUAACAGAUCAGAUACUAGAUCAUUUUUACCAAAACUAUCUUACAUUCCUGGAAUUCUUUGAAGCGCUGUUUGGCUGUGCUGUCACCUACAUCACAGAUGAGCUAUUGAGUCCGUCACUCAGUGAACUAUCUCAAGGAGAAGAAAGUCAGAUAUCUGUUACAGAUGAGAUCCCAGGAGAUAUAACAGAUCAGAUACUAGAUCAUCCACAGCUGAAUAAGACUGAUUUCAAGAUGCUAGAGCAGGAUCUGAUCAGUGCCUUGAAACCAACUGAAAAACUUAGCCCACCUCCUCCUUUCCAGUCCAAAAAAAAACUGCAGAAGAAAGUUGUAACAGAUAAGUGGUUCCAUCAGAUCAACAUAUUUUUCCUGAAAGUAUUCUUCCCGGCCUAUGAACAUGUAGAACAACUGAAGGCUGAGAUUCCAAAAAACAAAAGGAGACAAGCAGAACAGGCACGACUGCAGCAGAUCAGAGAAGAAGAAGAAGCAAGGCUUAAAGCACUGAAGGCAGAAGAGGAAGCCAAGAAGCUUGAGCAGAUGGAGCUAGAAAGAGCUAGUGCUUUAAUGGAAGAUAUGCAGGUAUCCAAAGACCAGACAGAUGACAGCAAAAGUGGGCAAGACACUUCCACACCUAAAGAUGAGCCUUCCGUCCCUCCAUCUACAGCAAGCACAAAAAAGACUGCAGGCAAAAAGAAGAAAAAAUAA